AAAGAUACUUUAGAUAAGAAAUAGUUUAUAAAGGAAGUCUUUAGUACAAGGAAUAAACAGUGCGGUGGCAAUAAGUGAAAUGUGGGCUGUCAAUGUGUGUGUGUUGAUCGUGCUUGCUUUAAGCCAUAUUGUGGCUAGCGAAAAUGCGGUAGUAUGUUACUACGGCACGUGGGCGACUUACAGGACUGGACUCGGCAAGUAUGACGUCACGGAUAUCAAUCCUAACCUCUGCACACAUUUGAUCUAUGCAUUCGUGGGCAUUGACUCUGAAGGAAAUAUCAUCUCCUUGGAUCCUUACUUGGAUCUGCCUGAUGAUUAUGGCAGAGAUAACUUCGGAAAAUUCAAUGCUCUGAAACAGCAAAAUCCCAGUUUAAAAACACUUGUGGCCGUUGGCGGAUGGAACGAAGGGUCCGCUAAGUACUCCGUCAUGGCAAACAAUUCCACGCUAAGACAGAACUUCAUAGACAGUGCUCUGAAGAUGAUCACAACACAUGGUUUCGAUGGCUUAGACAUCGACUGGGAAUACCCUAACCGAAGAGACACGGUCUAUGGAGAAGCAGACAUAGAGAAUUUUACUACAUUGUUGAAGGAAAUCAGAGAGGUUUUUGAUAAGAAAGGACUUUUGUUAACUGCUGCGGUGUCGUCUGUGAGAGCUUCUGCUUCACAGUCUUAUGAUGUCAAGGCUAUUUCUGAAUACUUGGACAUAGUAAACAUAAUGACAUAUGACAUGUACGGUGCUUGGGACUCAGUCACCGGUCACAAUGCUCCUCUUCAUAAAGGAGAAGGCGACGAGGGUGCAGUAGCUGAGGAUCUGUAUACUGUGGACCAAGCUUUGUAUUAUUGGAUUAGUGAAGGCUGUCCUCCAGAGAAAAUAGCUGUAGGUGUUCCAUUUUACGGCAGGACCUUUACAUUGACGAGCGCUAACGAGACUGGUGUGAGAGUCCCAGCGUCUGGUGCAGGCAUAGCUGGACCAUACACUGCUACAGAAGGCUUCGUAGGAUAUAAUGAGUUCUGCAACAUCCUCCAAACAGAAGAAUGGACGCAAAGCUUCGACUCCCUCGCCAAAGUCCCAUAUGCCUUCAAAGACACAAACUGGGUUUCCUACGACGAUGUCAAUUCUAUAACCGCCAAAGUCGAGUUCGCCAAAUCUUUGGGCAUCACUAAGAUCAUGAUUUGGAGCAUUGAGACUGAUGAUUUCCAUAACGUCUGCGGUAAUGGGGCCAAUCCUUUACUUACUGCUAUCAACACUGCACUAGGUAUCCAAUCUGAUGACACUACAACUACAACGACUGAAUCUGUAACAACUAUUGCUUCAAGUACCACUGAAUCUACUACUAUUACUUCAAGUACUUCGGAAUCUACUACUAUUGAAAGUUCUACGGAGUCACCAACAGUUGCACCAAGUACUGCGUGUUCAGUAGAAGGAUACAUAGGAAAGCCUGGGGAUUGCUCAUCGUUCCUAUAUUGCUUGAAAGAUGUAGGAGGUAACUUGGUACCUAAAGAAUUUAAGUGUCCUGCAACUUUGUAUUGGGAUCAAUCUAUAUUGGCGUGCAAUUAUCAAGCUUUUGUUGAAUGUAAUUAACAACAUUGAAAUUAAUAAAGACAAAAUAUAAAACUAAAUAA